AUGGGACUAUCGGAAUUUGAGAAACAAAGAUUAGAAAAUAUAGAGAGAAACAAGAAAUUACUAAGCUCUUUAAAUUUAAAUUCUAUAUCUCAUGAAAUUUAUCAAGAUAUUAAAAAAGAAGAGCAACAUGAUUUGAAAAGAAGGAAAACUUCAAGUCCCAAACCUAAAAAGCCCAGAGAUAAACAAUCAAUUCCUCUACCAACUAGAAGAUCAAGAAGACUUGCUGGUGUUUCAUUAGAUGAUGGUUCUGAUAAGUCUCGUGAAUUUGAACUUGAAGAGGAGAAAAGACGUAAAGAGAAGGAAGAAUUGGAAAAACUGAAAACAAUAAGAGUUAAUGGUGACCUGAGUUUAUUAGAUUUGAUAAAAGAUGAUGAUGAUGAAGUUAAAACUGAAGAUGGGAAUGAUAAAUUAUUAACCAAAUUCCAAUCUUUUUUGAAUAAUAAUGGUAAUUUUAGUAUUGGUGAUUAUUAUGAAACUAUCAUGGCUAAAGAUAAUUCAUCAAAAGAUGUUAAGAAUCUAAGAGAAGAAUUCCAAUCUAAAACCAUCUAUCCACACUUCAAACCAAAUGAAAUCAAAUUAACAAAAGAAAGAAUGACAUAUAUUGCAUUCCAUCCCUCAAUUGAUAAAAAAUUAAUUAUUGGUGGUGAUACUAAUGGUAAUUGUGGUAUUUGGAAUUCCGAAAACACUGAAGAAGUUGAUAUAACUUCUUUUAAACUUCAUGGCAAAUCAAUAUGUAAAUAUGAAUUCAACAUUAAUGAACCAAAUAAAGUUUAUACAGCAAGUUAUGAUGGUUCAAUUAGAAGUAUUGAUCUUUCCACUUUAAAAUCAACACAAUUUUUCAUCAAUGAUUUUGAUGGAGGGAUUUCAGAUAUAAAUUUUAAUAAUCAACAUGAAAUUUAUUAUACAACUUUACAAGGUGAAUUUGGUCGUUUAGAUUUAAGAUCAAAUGAUCAUAGUAAAAGAAAAAUCCUAAGAUUAUCAAAUAAGAAAAUUGGUGGUUUUACAAUCAAUCCAAAUGAUCCAGAUCAAUUAGCUACAGCUUCAUUAGAUAGAACUUUAAAAAUUUGGGAUUUGAGAAAUAUUGUUGAUUGUGAUUGGAAUGAAUGGGAUGAUGAACUUCAAACGUUACAUAGUUUUGGAACUUAUGAUUCAAGAUUAUCAGUGUCAACAGUGGAUUGGAAUCAUUCAAAUGAUUUGGUUUGUAAUGGGUAUGAUGAUACUGUAAAUAUCUUCAAUUUAGACACUUCAAAUUGGUCCAAGGAUACAAAUGAAGAUUUAACACCAAAUCACAAGAUUAAACAUAAUUGUCAAACUGGUAGAUGGGUUUCAAUUUUAAAGGCAAAAUGGCAUAAAUUCCCAGUUGACAAGACUGAAAAAUUCGUCAUUGCGAAUAUGAACAAAUAUUAUGAUGUAUAUGAUAGAAAUGGGGUUCAAUUGGCACAUUUAUCAGAUCCAUUAAUGACUGUUGUUCCUGCUGUUUGUAAUUUCCAUCAAACAGAGAAUUGGUUAGUUGGUGGUGGUGCAUCAGGAAAAGUUUACUUGUUUUCAUAA